CGGGCCAAUCUGGUCUGGCUCAAACAGCUCAGGGACCGCCUUCCCACUGAUGACUUGCGUCUUCAACAAGACGUUAAUAAGAUGGUGACGGCGGCCGAAUAUUCGGCUGACGCUUCUCUAGACGCCGCAAAAUUUGCAGCUAGGGCAAUGGCCUCGUCAGUAACGUCACGGCAGCUCCUCUGGUUACGCCCCUGGCACGCAGAUUUGAAAGCAAAGUGGAAAUUAGCGUCAACGCCCUAUCAGGGUACUGACUUGUUUGGAGCAGCAUUAGCCCCCAUUCUCAUUGAGGGGAAGGAUAAAAAGAAAGUGUUGCCUGUCUCAUAUUGAAGGUCAGAGCGCCGCUUUACUCCAUACCCUCAAAGGCAGCCCUUUCGCCAGGACCCAGGACCCAGUGGGUCUUAUACUGGUAGAUCAUACUCUCAGGGAUUCGACAGGGCUUCUGACAGGCAGUCAUUUAGAGACAGAGGCAGGUUUCAGUUCUUCAGGAGACCAUAUAGAGUCCUGAUAUCCUCCUGCCUCUGGGUCGAGGCCCACAAAGUGAGGUAAGUGACUCGCUUCCUCUACCUCCCAUAGGCGGACGACUCAGCCACUUUGUUCGUCAAUGGGAGGCUUCCAGAUCCGAGGAUUGGAUCCUUCGGACAGUGAGAUUGGGACUCUCCUUAGAAUUCAGUACGAAGCCCCCCAAUCAUUUCAUCCCCUGUCCCAUUCCUCGACAGCUAGAAAAGUGUCAGCAGUUGGAGAAGGAGAUUCAGCACUUGUUAGCUAUAGGGGCAAUAGAACCUGUACCUGUGGGGCAGGAAAGGUUGGGGGUGUAUUCCAUACUGUUUCUAGUUCCAAAGGCAUCAGGAGGCUGGAGAGGCAUCCUAAAUCUCAAAUUUGUCAACAAGUUUCUUCAGUUCAGAAAAUUCAAAAUGCAGUCUCUCAGGACGAUUUUAGACUGUGUGCGGAGGGGCGAUGUUAUGACAUCACUAGAUCUUCAAGAGGCUUACCAACAUGUGCCCAUUCACCCGGCCCAUCACAGAUUUCUGAGAUUUGCUUAUGCCGGAGAACAUUUCCAGUACCGGGCCAUGCCCUUCGGCCUCUCCUCAGCCCCACGCACUUUCACCAAACUGUUGGCGGUGGUGGCAGCCACAAUUCGGCUCAUGCCGAUAAGGAUACUUUUGUUAUCUGGACGAUAUAUUACUCCUUUCUCAGUCUUCUCAACAGGCUCUCCAGGAUCUAGAGAUGGUGACCAACAUCAUCACCAGUCACAGGUUCUCCAUAAAUCAUCGAAAGAGCCAUCUUCAACUGACGACCUGCAUAGCUCACCUGGGAGCUCUCAUCGAUUCCGAGAAGGGGAUGGUUUUCCUAUCACCCGAGAGGCAGGAGGAUAUCAGGACUCUAGUGUGCUGGGUUUUAUCACAACAGCAGGUAACAUUCCUAACAUUAUCACAGCUGCUCGGCAAAUUUAUUUCUUGUAUCUCGAUAGUUCCCUGGGCUCGCAGACAUGCACGCCAGCUCCAGUGGUAUCUCCUACCGGCACAGAAAUCGGGCCGCAGCACGUCAAACUCUGAGGUGAGGCUUCCUCCCAAGGUACGGGCUUCUCUAGAAUGGUGGAACUCCAGGGCCAUAAGCAAGGGUUGUGUUUUUCAGGAUCCCAGCAGGAUUGUCGUAACCUCAGAUGCGAAUCUGGUGGGCUGGGAAGCCCAUCUGGGGGCACAAGUGGUUCAGGGUCUGUGGUCCCCUGUAGAAGCCAAGAACAAUAUCAAUUGGCUAGAGCUCCGGGCCGUCUGCCUCGCUCUAAGACAUUUCCAGGACAUGGUUCUUCAUCAACAUGUCCUGGUUCUGACGGACAAUACGGCCACAAAGGCCCAUAUAAAUCGCGAAGGGGGCACUCACUCCCUUCCAUUGAUGGCAGAAACCGACAAGCUGAUGAGUUGGGCAGAGUCUCAUGUUCUGUCCUUGAAGGCAGAACAUAUCUUAGCCGACUGGCUAAGUCGGACUCAAUUAGACCCCUCCGAGUGGAAACUCCACCCGAACCUGUUUCAGUCCAUCGUAGACAAGUUCGGACUUCCAGUAGUGGAUCUGUUCGCCAGCAAGGAAAAUGCCCAGCUCCCUCGGUUCAUUUCCAGAUUCCAGAGUAGGGGGCAAUCAAUCACAAUGCUCUGUGUUGUCCUUGGCCUCAGGGACUGCUAUAUGCCUUUCCCCCUCUGCCACUCAUCCCGAGGGUGAUAAGGAUGAUGACGAUGGAACAAGCGGAGGUCCUGUUGGUGGCUCCUCAUUGGCCAAGACGCUCGUGGUUUGUUGACCUGGUGGCCCUGUCGGUGUCGCCUCCCUGGAAAAUACCUCGGGAUCGGAUCUCUCUCAGCCAGGGGUCAGUGCAACAUCCGGACCCCGGUUGGCUAUACUUAACCGUGUGGCACUUGAGAGGGUCUUCCUGAGGAAGUCCAAUGUUCCAGGGAAGGUGAUUCGCACCAUUCAGGCUGCCAGGCGGCCUUCUACUACGAGGAUCUAUGAGGCGUCUUGGAGAACAUUUUGCAGUUGGUGCCAUCUACACCAUGUGGACCCUACUUCUGCCGGUAUUUCAGAUAUCUUGGUCUUUCUGCAGGAUGGGUUUGAUAAGGGGUUGGCACCUUCCACCUUGAAAAGACAGGUUGCAGCAUUGUCGACUGUUCUGUCUAGAGAGACGUCUCACCCACUAACUCAAGACUACAGGAUUAGGGGGGUUUUACGGGGAGCUUCGAAUAUUAGACCAUCCGUUGUGCAUAGGUACCCCACUUGGGACUUGUUGGUUCUACAGGCCCUUACAACUCACCCAUUCGAGCCUAUAGCAUCCGCCAGUCUCAAAUUUCUGUCCUUUAAAGUGGCCUUCCUCCUGGCCAUUACCUCUGCCAGGAGGGUGUCUUAAUUGGCCGCUCUUUCGAUUAGGCAGGAUUUGUGCAUUUUUAAACCUAACACGGUGGUCCUUAGGCUAGACCCGGCCUUCUUGCCGAAGGUUAACUCCAGUUUCCAUAGAUCCCAGGAAAUUAUUUUGCCGGACUUUUGCCCUUCUCCCAAGCAUAGGCUAGAAUUUCAAUGGCAUACGCUUGACGUAAGACGAGCUCUCCGGAGAUACAUCGCCAGAACAGCAUCUUUUCGUAAGUCGGAGGGGCUCCUGGUUUCUUUCCAUCCUUCUUCCUUGGGUAAGAAGAUUUCCUCCAGGAUGGUGGCCUGUUGGAUAAAGGCAUGUAUCUCCCUCGCUUAUUCCUCAAAGGGGAAGUCGGUUCCAGGUAAAGUGUGGGCACACUCCACGAGAAGCGCUGCAACAUCAGCUGCAUGGUCCACCCAGGCUUCGGUGUUAGACAUUUGCAGGGCGGCCACCUGGACCUCCCUAACACCAUUUGUUAGACAUUAUAGACUUGACAGUUUUGCUUCUGCAGAGGCAUCAUUCGGACGUCGAGUGCUGCAAAGGAUACAUUGGGACUCCAGUGGAGGGACCAGUCAGCCUCCCUCCCUCUAAAUUCUGGGGCUUGGGUAUAUCCCAUAUGUAAAUGAAUUGAUCUAGCAGCGCAAUGGAAAAUGGACGUUGCUUACCUGAACGUCCCUUUUCGUUGCGCUGCAGGUCAAUUCAUCCCUCCCUGUGGGCUGCCUGGUAUAGGGCAGGAGAAGUUGUCUAUGCUUUCUUCUCAGGUGACCUUGAUAGCUGACGACUUCGCGAAACAACUGAGGGUCCAGAGAGCAGAGAGAGCAUGGUUUAAAGAAACACCACUCUCAGUCCAUUACAGGAAGAUGAGGAAAUCCCAUAUGUAAAUGAAUUGACCUGUAGCUCAACGAAAAGGGACUUUCAGGUUUAAAACACUUCAUGGCAUGGGACCAGCAUAUCGGAGGAACCAUCUCACCCCAAUGACACUGACGAGUCCCUCUUGGUCAGGCGAGCAUUCUAAUAAGGACCAGAGUCAUUUUGUAAACGAGAUGGGAAAUAAAAUCAAAGAAGAAAAGAAAAGAAAAAAAAGAAAGAAAGAAAGAAAGUCAGGUUCAAAAAAUAGUUAUCUGUAUCAGAGUGAAUGUAAUGGAGACAUUCUAAUGUGUUUUUCCCAAAUCACUUUUAGGGAUGCAGAAGGCUUAUUGGGAAUUGGCUGUGAUAUCUAUAAAAAAUACACGCAUGAUGGUUUAUAGGGGAUUUCCUCAGAAUCUUCUGGUAUCCAGAUCCUUUUCUGGUAUCCAAACUGUAGAUUUCCUCAGUUUUCUGAUAUCCAGACCCUUUUUUCACCUUGAUUGUAAUAAUGAUAUGUAUUUUAUUACUGUAACGAUACAUUUUUCCUCAUUAUAGAAAAAGCCAUGUUUGUAAAAUUUUCAAAGAUUUCUUUAAUACAUGUGAAAGACAACUAAUUGUAUUUGUAGUAAUUAACACAAAAUGAGAUUUCUUUUUUUCUUUUUUUUGCAAUAAAAUACCACUGUUUAUGAGACUGUUUGAUCACUAUAUUUAUAGAGACUGUAUGAUGGGGAAAGUAUAAUUAUUAUUAAUAAAGCAUUUUACAA